CCCACCCUCUCUCUCUCUCUCUCUCUGGCUCUCCUUCACAAACCGAAACGACGCCGUUGCAGACCUCACCAGCUCGCCGGGGCCGUUGAACAAGAAGAAGACGAAGAUGUUGUUCGAGACGAAAGCGUGGCUGGUCUUCUUCGUGGCAGUGAUCAUCUCUCUGCGAAUCUCCUUCAACAUUCCGAGAACCGGCGAAUCCAACAGGAAGCCCUCUCUCUCUUCCUCCUACGAACCACUCGUCUCUUUCGUUUCUCUCGCUUCUGGCGACGGAGGCCUAGACGACUUCUUCUCCGAGACGACGACGACGGACUUGACGUCACAGACUCUCGAGUACGACUUCUACCGGAACACGUGUCCUGAGGCCGAGGGGCUCGUGAGGUCGAAGAUGGCUUGGAUUUACGGCCAGCACAGGAACGCCUCGGCUCAGUUGCUUCGUCUCUUUUUCCAUGACUGCUUCAUUGAGGGGUGUGAUGCUUCCGUGCUCUUGGAUGACAGCAAUGGGAAUGCAAACCAUGCCAUAGAGAAGCAGGCUAUACCCAAUAAGUCCUUGAAGGGCUUUGAUAAAAUUGAUCAGAUCAAGGAGAUGCUUGAAAAUGAAUGUCCAGGGGUGGUAUCUUGUGCCGACAUACUUACUCUAGCCACCAGAGAUGCCAUUGUUCUGGCUGGUGGCCCCUUCUAUCCAAUUUUGACUGGAAGAAGAGACAGUACCCGCUCAUUCUUUAAUGAGGCAAUGAUGGGGAUUCCAAGGCCAGAUGACAACAUCAAUCAGACAUUGCAUCAGUUCUCGCUGAGAGGUUUUGAUGAGAGAGAAACAGUUGCUCUUCUAGGAGGGCACAACAUUGGAAAGAUAGGAUGUGAGUUCAUUAUGUCACGCAUCAACAACUUCAAGGGCACAGGGCAGCCAGACCCAACUAUUCCUCCUGAAUUUCUCAGGGAGAUGAAACUGAAUUGCGAAGAUGAUAAUAAUGAGUCAACUAGUAUUGCUGCUGCUGCAUCUCCUUUGGUAUCAAGGGGACUGAGUGAGAGGUUUACCACAGAUGGGAUGUCAUACUAUCAACAACUGUCUUCAUCGGUAUCAUCAGGGGCUGGUUUUGACAGUCACUAUUACCAGAGCUUGUUGAGGGGAAGAGGACUCCUCUUUGCUGAUCAGCAAUUAAUGGCUAAUAAAAGGACUGCUCGAUUGGUCGCAGCAUAUGCUUCAGAUGAUGGAUCAGCCUUUCAAAUGGACUUUGCCCGGGCAAUGAUGAAGAUGUCAGAUCUUAAUGUUCUCACUGGAUCCCAAGGUCAAGUCCGUUUUGAUUGUUCUCUCCCCACCCACAGUUCCUAACUGUCAUACUCCCACGUUGUGUAAAUCGAGGCUGUGCUGAAGAUGACACAUUUUUUAGGAGAACUUCUGUAAAAUUCUACACCUUCUUGUUGUCUAGUACAUCAGAUAGUCUCAGAGUCUAAGAUAAAAAAAAAAAAAAUGGUAUAUGAGCAGACAGUAGUCUUUCAUAUGGGCAUGCCCUUUUGUUCUUCUUCUUCUUGUUUACCCUUUUGGGUUUAGUGAAUUGUUAGUA